AUGUCUCCACUGAAAGCAUUGGAAACGCGCGAUCUGUAUACCGUCGGCUGGAUCGCUUCUCUUCCGCUAGAGCGUGCGGCGGCAACGGCAAUGCUGGAUGAGAAACACGAAAAGCCACUUGACUUCGUCCAGGCUUACAACGACACAAACUCAUACACCUGGGGCAAUAUUGGCGAGCAUAACGUAGUCGUCGCGUCGCUUGCGGCAGGGAGAUACGGCAUAACGUCGGCGACGGAAACAGCUUUACUUAUGCUGUCCUCGUUCCCCCAGAUCAGAGUCGGCCUCCUCGUCGGCAUCGGAGCCGGCAUUGCCAAGCCGGACGAGGGUCGCGACAUCAGGCUCGGAGAUAUUGCUGUCAGUCAGCCUGAUGGAAGCAACGGCGGCGUUGUCCAGUACGACCUGUUCAAAGCGACGCCCGGGAAGCAACGGAAAAAUAGAGCCUUUCUCAACAGCCCUCCACAGAUUCUUCUUCAUGCACUAGGGCACCUUCAGUCGCAGCAUAUACUUGAGCCACCCAGGUUCAUUGAAUACCUGGAAGAGAUGAUAGAGCGCUAUCCCAGAUUAGCCAAGCAGGGCUAUGUGCACCAGGGCUUUGAGAACGACCACUUAUUCAGGACGACAGACCCGAAAGAAGUAAUACAACGUGCGCAUCGUGAAUCAACCGAGCCUAUAGUCCACUACGGUACGAUAGUGUCUGGAAACACGUUUUUCAGAGACUCAGUUUACAGAGAUGAGAUCCUGGCGGAUCUCGGGGAGGAAUGUGUUUGCUUGGAGACGGAAGCUGCGGGUGUAAUGAAUGUUUUCCCCUGCAUUGUCAUUAGAGGGAUAUCGAACUACGCCGAUUCGCACAAGGAUGACCGUACACGACACUGGGUUGAUAUUCGGACUUGUCCUAACAACAAGUAG